AUGGUUUCAAAUAAUGAUGAUUUAUUUUUUAAAAUUUUUAGAAAUCAAUAUAUUAAUAGAGAAAUAUUUAAUAAAGUUAAAGAAUAUAAUAAGAAAUUAAAAUAUAUCAGAUAUAAUUAUUAUGAUUUACCUUUAGAAUUAAUAAUAAAAAAAAAAAAUCAACAAUUAUUUGUAGAAAAAUUAAAAGAUUUUUUAAAACUUAAAAAUGAAAUAAAAGAGAAUGGAUUCACCAAAGAAAAUCAAUCAAAUGUACAUAAAUAUUUUAUUAGAUUUGAUGAAGGGCAAAUAUUACUUUUAUUAGGAUGGAAAGAAUUGGAUUUAGAAUCAUUUGAUCUUUAUUUAAGAAUAUUUGAAAAUGAAAUUAAAAAUCGGAAUGAAAUAACAUUAUAUAUUAACCCCAGUGGUUUUGAAAUAUGUGAUGAUAAAUUCAUACACUUUUUAGAAAAAAAAACAUUUAGAAAAUUAAUUAAAUUUGAUAAUAUCGUUGCCUUUGUAUAUAGAGGGGUUCAUUCAAUAAGAUUAUUAAAUUAUUUUAUUGAUAAUUGUAAAGAUUUAAAUAGUGAUGCUUUAAAAGAUUUAAAUAAUCUAUAUACUAUAUUUUCAUUGUAUUAUUCAAAUGGGAAAAAUGAAGAUUUAAAAUACGAAUAUCUAAAGAGAAUAAAAAGGUCAAAUCAAUAUUUUUCACGUUUAAAUUCCUUUACAAGAUUUAUUGAAGAUGCAAUAAGAAAUGAAGAUUUAAAAAUGUUAAAAUCGCUACUUUCUCUUUUUAAAUAUGAUAAAAAACAAACCAAUCCAACAGAUCACCAUCCAGAUGAUAUAGUUACAAUAUUGGAUAUUCAAAUUUCAAUUAAAAUAUUAGAGCAAUUAAAAAUUAGUAUUAAUUCAUUUAGAGGAAAUGAUAAAUUAUUACCAUUUUAUAAAAUUUUAAUAGAACGAGUAUACUCUUCAAAUAACUAUUUCAAAAAAGAACAAAAAAAGAGACUUACAAUAGCCUCAAUAGAGUUUAGAAAUUAUGCAAUUGACAAGAUGUUAAAUAAUGGCUUCUAUGCCAGUGAUGAAAGAAUGUUUGAAAAUAUUUCAUUCGCUUCAAAUUGUAUAAAUGAUGAUGAUCCAAACAAUCUUUCAGAAUAUGAUAAAUUAUUAUUAAAACCAGAGUUUUUAUCAGUACUUUUUUAUAAAUGUAAAAUAAUGAAUAGAGAUUUAAAUUUAUUCAAAUUAUAUCUGGUUAAAUUUGGAUUCAACUUUGAAAAAUUAUUAACUAUAAUAGAAUUAAAUUAUGAAAACAUGGUAUCUUAUGUAAUUUCAAACCUUUCUGAAAUUGUUUUAAAUCGAUAUUUAGAUUUAAUUGAUUUUUCAUUACCAUCAAAUGAAAGUGAAGGUUAUGAUUUUGUUUUUAAUUUAGUUUUACCAUUGUUAACUUUUGAAGAAACAUUAUCACUACACGAAAAAAUUCAAAGCAUCAAAUUACCUUUCAACUCUGAAAGAAGAAGAAAAUUCAUUUUAAAAUCAUAUGAAAUUGAAUCAAAAAUUGAUGAAAUUAAUAGAAAUAAAAUCAAUCAAAGAUUUUUAAAAAAUUUUCUUAAUAGAAAAGAAAUUUUAAUUGAAAUUUGUAAUAGCAAAACACUAACUGAUUUAAUAUUUUGUAAUUUAAAAUCAGAGAAUUUUAAAACAAUUAAAAAAAUUAAAAAACUUUGUUUUAUCAUUGAUAAAACUUUAUUAGCUAAAUUUAUUUGUUCAAUUUAUUGUGAUUAUUCAAAAUCACUUUUAUACUUAAUUCACAUUCUAGAUAUUAAUAAUAUUAAUGAUAAUGAUAAUAAUAAUAAUAUAACAAUUCCACAAUCCAUCUCCUCAAAAUUUUCAAGUUUCGAAAUGGCAAUGGGCCAAAGUAUGCAGUAUUUUUUAUUAAAUUUAAAAUCAAGCUAUGAUGAAGAAAAAGAUGGCCAGAUGGUAACUGUAGACAUUCAACCCCCAACAAAAAGUAAUAAUUAUAAUUUUAUCAAAAAAGCACUAUCAUUUUUAAAAAAGUAA